GCCCUCUCCUUUGUUCCACCCUUCCUGAACUUCGAAUCUAUCCACCAGAUUGUGAACUUGAUUUAACCUCGUGAAAUCGUGGAACAUCUCCGCGUUCAUCAUGGCUGCCAUGGGAUUUGACAUCGAUGCUCCGGGCAAAUACCCCAUUGUCCUGAGCGAUGCCCUACUGGGGAAGACAACGAAGGAGGUUUAUACGGGAGUUCGAUGUAUGCAAACCUGUUAUCGCAAUCCACGAAGAAGAAAUACUGACAAGACGCCAGAUAACCACAAAUCAGAAACCACUCCCUCUUCUAACUCGAUGCAUCUCGAUCCCUCAGACAACGACCCCACUAAUUACGAUCUAUCCUACAGAGACGGCUCAGACCAAUACAUAUACAACGGCGCACGAACAUCCAGCGAUGGCAAAUACGUGCUGAUAUUCGACCCGAUCAAGAAGCAUUUCAUGCUGCACCGAGUGGACUCUACGUUCGAUAUGAACCUUGUCUCUGCGCCGUGGGCCGAUGCAGCGGAUUUGCGGGAGCAAUACACCCAAAUAGAUCUGCCAAAAUCCAAGGCGGCACCCGCGCCGAAGAAGAAACCCACGAAAGCGACGAAGGCUGCGGCUGCAAAGGCCGAAGCACCCAAAAGGAAGAAGGCAGAGAAAGUCACGAAGCCCAAACCACCGCCGAGGGCGCCUACGCCGGACGAGGAAGGGGAGGAGGAAUCAGACGAUGGUCUUACGGUAGAAUAUCCGGAUGGUCCACCUUCACAGUCAUUUCAAUAUCAAUCUACGCCUGUAUUCCGGAGAGAGGAGAGCGAAGCGAGUGAAGAGGAUAGUGAUGCUGAAGGAGAAGAAUAUGAAGAUGAGCGGAAUCACGAUGUGGAUCCUUUGAAGCUACCUAGUCCUGCCAAUAAUGCGGGCAUGAGAGAUGAGGAACCUAUGGACUUGGAUGUUGAUGAGCUGGAGGCAGAACUGGAACAGGCUCUGAAUUCAGGUAAUGAAAGUGAUGAGAGUGAAGAGGAAUGAUUCAAAAUUGAGCGAAAAUGGGUUUCACGGAAAAUGCAUGGGGAGUUCACAGCGUUUUUGGGUAUAGCGUUGGGGUGCUUUU